GCCAUGCUGUCGCUGCUCGCCGCGGGAGGGGCUGAGGCGUUCUCAGCCUUCGCUCCCUCCCUCUCAGCUCCCAAGUCACUUCGUCUCCGCCAAGAGUCAGUGACUAUGAGCUCCAACGACAACCCCAUGAGCAGAAGGGCCGCCGUCGUCGUCACCGCUGGACUCCUCGGAUCGUUCCUUGCUCCCAAGGAGUCAAAGGCCGAGGGAGCCUUCAGCCUUCCUGCCCUUCCUUACGACUACAAGUCGUUGGAGCCUUACAUCGAUGAAGAGACAAUGAAGUUGCAUCAUGACAAGCACUUCAACGCUUACCUCACGAACCUCAACAAGGCGCUUGAAGGAAAGCCUGCCGCCAAGCUCACUGAUAUCCAGAAAGAAGCCAUCAAGGCGGGUCCAGCCAUCCGCAACAACGGCGGCGGAUACUACAACCACGCCCUCUUCUUCAAGGAGAUGGGACCGGCUGCUAACUCUGGGAAGCCUUCCGCAGCUCUGCAGAAGGCCAUCGAUGCAUCCUUCGGCUCAAUGGACAAGAUGAAGGAGGAGUUCAAUGCUGCGGCUGCCAAGCGCUUCGGCUCUGGAUGGGCAUGGCUUGGUGUUACCCCUGAGGGAAAACUUGCUAUCACCUCCACUCCCAACCAAGACAAUCCUCUCAUGGAAGGAUGCGAGGGUCAGAAGAUGAUCCCUGUCCUUGGCCUGGAUGUCUGGGAGCAUGCCUACUACCUCAAGUAUCAGAACCGCAGACCCGAGUACAUUACCAACUGGUGGAGUGUUGUGAACUGGGAGGCUGUUUCCAACAACUAUGAGAAAUUCGCUGCCAAGGGGAUUCCCGUCGAGGUUGUCUGAGUCUAGAGAUGCAGUGUUGAAGAGAGUGCCUUUGAAUGAGACAAUACAAGAAAAAAAUGCUUC